GAUUUGAGCUGGUUUGGGAGGAGUUAAAGACAUCCCUGUGGUUACUUACAAACUGGAACCAGAUAUCUGUCCGACCGCCAACAUCACGGAACAGAUCCCCGGAAACCUAGAGCCGUUUGUCCAGCGAUUCAGCUCCUGUGAAUAUUUGCAUUGAGACAGUAGGAAACUGUCGAUCGCGCCCUAUUUAUAAGCAAAUGAAAUAGUGUGCGAUAGCGCUGCCUGGAGACGCUGAUAGAGAUCACGCGAGAUAAAAUCUCGUUCACAGCAACAGUUCACACUACAGUCACUUCAGUUGGAUUCGCACUUUAAAGAUGUCUAAACCCGACUAUACUGGCGUUUACCACAUGGUUUCCCAGGAGAAUUUCGAUCCAUAUCUGGCGGCUUUAGAUGUUAAUUUUGCAAUAAGGAAAGUCGUCUGCCUUCUGAAACCGAGCAAACAUAUUGAGCAUGAUGUGAAGACUGGGAACAUGAAGAUAAAGACAGUCACUACCUUUAAGAACUUCGACAUGGAGUUUACUUUGGGACAGGAAUUUACAGAGGAUCUCGGUCCGGUUGAUGGACGAAAGUGUCAGACAACAGUAGACUGGGAUGGUGAUAAAUUGGUGUGCGUGCAGCGCGGAGAGAAAGAGGGCAGAGGGUGGACACACUGGCUGGAGGGAAAUAUUCUUCAUUUGGAGAUGAGGGCUCAGGGUGUCACCGCCAAGCAAGUCUUUAAGAAGGCUGAAUGAGGGAUGGCAAUGGAAAGAAAGAGCGCUUUUGAGCUCCGUGUCCAUCGAGCUCAGGGUUCAGAAAGAGGUCACGUUGCCACAGAGAUCUGUUUUUCAUCACCAGCAAACAAUAUUUAAACAGAGACCAUCACGGAAGUAAUUGUAUCAUUCUCCAUUAAGUGUUUCAACUUUUAAAGCAUCUUUCUCACGUUUGAAAUAUAAACAAAAAAGUUCAGAAUCAUAGUGAACAUUCAUGAUAGUCAUGUAAAGAUGUAUCAGUUUCAGUUUGGAUUCAGAAAAUCCUAAAAUGUAUUUUAUGUAAAUUGUACGUAUACAGUAUUGCAUAAUCAGCCAGUACUUUUGCAUUUAACCAGACGGACACAGUUGGAGUAAUGAAUUUCAAUUUCUUAAUCUACUGUAUGGUUUUCUGCGACUGGAUUGGAAAACGUUAGAAAUAAUGGAUUUGUUGAAUCUUUUUGAUUGACUUGUGAUUAAUGCACUACAUUUGUUUAACAUUGUCCAAGUGCUAAAGUGUUUAUGGUCUCGAAUAUGUUACGGUCAUGUAAUAUGUCUUGUUAUUGUCGACUAUAUAAUACAAAAGGUUAUAUUACCA